UUUGAUGCUCUCGAGUUUUAUUUAUCAAUAUCAGGAAUAAGUAAGCGAUGAAUUUAACUAGACACAAAAGUGUGGAAAAAAUCCGUAUCAUGGUGUAUAGUGAUGGCGUAAACAGCGUUGUAUUUAUAUAAGGGCGUAAAUAUUUAAAAUGAGAAUGAAAUAAAUGUAAUAAAAAUGAGGUUAUCGUUGUUACUUAGAUUAUUAUAUUUAUGUUUGUGGUUGUCUUGGCAGUCGAUGAUAGCGUGAUAAAACGGAAGGUCUGCAUAUUUGUAUUAUUCAUGAAGCAGCCUGACGAUUUUGUCAUUGUAUUUGCAUGGGUUCCCAUCAAACGAGAAUACCCAUAAACACAUCACGAAUCAAUUAAUCAUAUUAUUUACAAUACCUCUUGGCGAUACAAUAUGAACUGACGUCUAUUCGAUGAUCAUCAAAGCUCGGCAAAGCCGAUAUUCCUUUUGAUAUCUUUGGUGUGGAUACAAUGGGAAUUCAAGUUGGAUUGUACCUGGGAGACCACGGUAAUAUUUGGGGCUACUAUACUAAUGUCAGUAUGCCAUGACCCACGCAAAUUAGAAUUCAGUACUUCUGCAACUGAGAACUUUGAUUUCGUGAACUGUCCAAGUAAUUGGAGCAACUUCAACCUCGAUAGAACCCUCUCCAAGGAAGAGUUCUAUCAGCCUACGAGGAAGCGAGGACGAGCAUCUUAUACGGUGAUGUCAUCAGGAGAAAUCAACCCGUUCAAGGGGAUACAGCCCAAGCUGUUCCAGAGGACAAACCCUCUGCCGCCGAUCGCAGCGAGGCAGAGCAAAGUUGCAUCCGGCUUGCACGCAACUCUCCCGGGAACAUCUGUGAUCAGCGCAGGAACAAACUCCCAUGCAUUGACAGGCGGAGAGGGAAUGGAGACAAGGACUAUUAAAGAGCAAGUGCCUUUCGGUAAUCACAAAAAAAGGCGGGAAAAACAAUCAUAUUCCAAGCCCCCUAAAACAGCUCGAACGUGUAACGCAAUCUGUGACACAGAUAUGACAUUAACGCAAGCACCUCCUCCACUAAAUAAGAUCCAGGCAACCACCAAUUCAAGCGCGGCAGCGCCAGCAAAAGUUGCUAGGGAAACGCUUUAUUUGCCAAAGCGGUUUAAAAAUGUUGAAUUGGCUCCCAGGGAAUAUCCAAAGGGCUCUGAUAAACAAAGAAGAUGUGUCGAAAAGAAAUCCCUCCUCGAUCUUGCCUCUAGCGUGACCGAUCCCGCAGGAAAUGUGAAAAGAAGACUGCGUAGCGAUUAUCAUAAAGCAUUGAUAAUACAUAGCGAAACGGAGCUUAGAAAACAGCAGCGAGUGCUGGGUCAGUGUGAGGGAGUACUUGGUGCACGACCCACAAGAGAAAGGACGUUUGUUGUGCAGAAAGAAGAAGCGUCAUCAGCUUCUCUUAGCUCAAGUGGCAGAGAGGGGCCUGGAGAGGAGACCGCGUGUCCGCCCUGCCCAUUUACGCGCGCAUCGUCGUGGCCUGUUGCUCGAUUCAAUGAAUCUUUUGUUACGCAUGCACAGCCAAAUAGAGGCCUGCACUAUUCCUUGUCGGACGAAACGAUGACACGACCACAGUUGCACAAAAAGAAACUAUCAAAAGAUAAUUCAUUUGGGGAAAUAUCCCAGGAAACUGGAAAUUUAGUUAAAGAAGACAGCAUUUGGCUCAAACCUAAAAUUCACAUAGCAUCCAGGGCUGCACUGCAAAAGAGAUGCGAAAAAAAAUAACUUGUAGUAUAUAUUUAACCUCGUUCUUUAAUCAUUAAAAACACGUUAUACCA